UCCAGGUUGCUUCUGGGUUAUUAUAAAAGGAUGUAGUCCCUUUUUAGAUCAUGAACUUGACUAUCAAAAACUAAAUAAUGCCAUGAAUGACUUCUAUAAUAGCAUGCGUCAAGAUACAGAAAUAAAGCCACUAAUGCUGGAAGAAGGGCAGGUCUGUGUGGUUUAUUGUCAGGAACUAAGGUGCUGGUGCAGGGCUGUUAUUAAGUCCAUCGUGUCUUCAGCGGACCAUUACCUGGCAGAUUGUUUCCUUGUGGACUUUGCCAAAUACAUUCCCGUGAAAUCCAAAAACAUCCGAGUUGCAGUGGAGACGUUUAUGCAGCUUCCUUACAGAGCAAAAAAAUUCAGACUAUACUGCACAAAACCUGUCACGUUGCACGUUGACUUCCGGGAAGAUAAUGCUGAGCUUGUACCCUCCAAGAAGUGGGACAGUGCGGCUAUUCAGUACUUUCAGAAUAUCCUAAAAGCGACUACCCAGGUGGAAGCCAAAUUGUGUGCAGUGGAAGAAGAUACUUUUGACGUUUACCUUUAUGUAACUAUGAAAAAUGAAAAGGUUUGUGUUAAUGACGAUCUGGUUGCAAAGAACUUCGCUUGUUACGUAUCGCCCAUGGAGAAUCAAAACCUCGAUUCUUUAAAGAAACCAAGAUUGAAUAUAAAGUCAGCAUCAUUUUCCAGUAAACUCAACCCGGCACUUACUCUUUGGCCGAUGUUUUUGCAAGGAAAAGAUUCUCAAGGGAUGGAAAAUUCACAUGGUUUAACUUUUCUGGCGAAGUCUCUCCAGCAUCCGUGGCCCAAGGGUGUGAGUGACCUCAGGCCAACCUCUAGGAUCUUGGAUAAAGCCGUAAAAUGUAAUAUGGAUUUAUUGCGAAGUUCAUCUAAAAAAAAAUCUGAAAAGAAACAGCGGUGCAUCUCUUUAAAAGAUGUAAAUAAGUGUGUUGAAUCUUCAGUGUACUGGCCAACACAAAGGGACAUAACCAUAUACGCCGAUCCAGAUAUACCAGCGGCAAGUGCUUUAUGUCAGAAGUCAAAUGAGAAACCACUUAGAUCAGCUGAGAAGAAAGAAUACAAUGAGAAGAACGGCUGUGUGAAAUUAUUGCAGUUUUUAAAUCCUGAUCCUUUGAAAACGGAUGGAAUCUCUGAUCUGCAGCAGUUGCAGAAGCUGAAGUCGGGCUCCCGGCAGCCAUUGGUGGUUCUGCGGAACAGGGUGGAGCCCUGCUUGUCUGUUGACGUGGCGCCGCUCUCAGCCGACAUGAAAAAGGCUCUUCAGAAGAAUAAGUUUUCGGGCCCCAGCCACACUGAAUCUUACUCUUGGCCUCCCAUAGCUCGUGGCUGCGACGUGGUGGUCAUUUCUCAUGGUGGAAAUGAUCCUUUGUUGUACCUUCCUCCACUGCUGACGAUUUUGCAAACUGGGGGCUGCUACAAGUCCUUACCAAGUAGAAACGGACCUCUGGCAGUCAUCGUGUGCCCCAGGUGGAAGAAGGCCCAGUUUAUUUUUGAAUUAUUGGGAGACUAUAGCAUGUGCUCCAAGCCUCUUCACCCCAUGUUGUUAACAAUCGGACUCCACAAAGACGAAGCCAAAAACAUGAAGCUUCCCAGGGGGUGUGAUGUAAUUGUUACCACAGCACAUAGCCUCCUGAGACUUCUCCAGUAUCAAAGCUUGUUAUUUCUUCGACUCUGUCACCUAAUUUUAGAUGAGGUGGAAGUUUUAUUCUCUGAAGCUAAUGAACAAAUGUUUGCUAUAUUAGAUAACUUUAAAAAAAAUAUCGAAGUUGAAGAAAGGGAAUCUGCCCCACAUCAGAUCGUCGCAGUUGGAGUUCAUUGGAACAGACACAUAGAGCAUUUAAUCAAAGAGUUCAUGAAUGACCCCUACGUUGUGAUCACAGCCAUGGAAGAGGCUGCCCUGUACGGCAGUGUCCAGCAGGUAGUACAUCUUUGCCUGGAAUGUGAAAAAACCUCCACUUUACUCCAAACCCUUGAUUUCGUUCCACGUCAGACCCAAAAGACCUUAAUCUUCACCUGUUCUGUCGCUGAAACAGAGAUGGUGUGUAAGGUAGUAGAGAGCAGUUCCAUAUUUUGCUUGAAAAUGCAUAAAGAACUGGUUUUUAAUUUGAAAAGUGUCUUAGAACAGUGGAAGAAGAAGUUAAGUUGUGGCUCUCACAUUGUUUUAGCCUUAACAGACGACUGCACACCCCUCCUGGCCAUCACUGACGCCACGUGUGUGAUUCACUUCAGCUUUCCUGCCUCACCAAAAAUUUUUGGUGGACGCCUGUAUUGCAUGUCUGAUCAUUUUCAGAGUUUAACUGAGCAGGGUCGUCCUGCAGAACAGGGAGAUAAAAAAACCAAAUCUGUCUUGCUGCUGACGGAGAAAAAUGCCUGCCAUGCAGUUGGUGUCCUGCGCUAUUUGGAGCGAGCAGAUGCCAAGAUUCCUUCAGAGCUGUAUGAGUUUACUGCAGGGGUUCUGGAAGCCAAAGAAGAUAAAAAAGCCAGAAGCCCUCUUUGUCCAUAUCUUAAGGCUUUGGGUUUUUGCAAAGAGAAAAGGACCUGUCCUGAUCGACACCAUGUCAAUCCAGAAGUAGACAUGCCAAGGAAAUUAUCCAACCAAACACUGCCAGUGUUUGGAUACGUAAAAGUCAUACCCUUUUACAUUUUAAAUGCCACCAAUUACCUUGGUCGUAUAGUUGAUAAACAUGUGGAUCUUUAUGCAACUCUUAGUGCGGAAAUUAAAGAGUAUUUUGAGGAUCCCAGUAAUACAACAGCUGUUGAAAAUGUGGAGAAAUUUGGAUUAUAUGGAUUAGCAGAAAAAACAGUCUUUCACAGGGUUCAGGUGUUGGAGAUGAGCCAAAAACAAGACCCCUGGGCCCUGAAUACUGUCCUGGUGAAGUUUAUAGAUGAAGGCAGGACUGGACUCGCCGCAAGAGACCAACUGCUGCAUCUCCCGGAGCGCUUCCACACUCUGCCCCCGCAAGCCGUGGAGUUCAUCGUCUGCAGAGUGAAACCCGCUGACGAUGAAAUCGAAUGGAAUCCGAAAGUCACUAGGUACAUUCAUCAUAAAAUUAUUGGAAAACUGCAUGAUGCAAAAGUGAUGUUGGCUUUAGGAAAUACAGUUUGGAUUGAUCCAAUGGUGCACAUUACAAAACUUUCAAACUUGAAAACUUCUGUCAUUGAUUAUAAUGUUCGAGCUGAAAUUUUGUCAACGGGGAUGGGCAUCGAUAACCCUGAACAUGUACAGCAACUGAAAAAAUUAUACCAAGACGCUAAGAUGCCGACGUUGGAAGACAGCCUAAGCCAAACUCUGAUGCCGCCUUCAGCAGCUGAUGCUGUUGGUCUGCAGAGCACAGGACCAGAGAGAGGUGCCGACUCUGAGACAGACUCAGAAAACCAAAAGCAGGAAGCUUUACCUGAAAACCCUGGCGAUGCUUCCAGCAACAAAACUACAGAGCCUCCGAAAAGCUUCCACCCACAAAUAAAGUGGUUCCAGAAAGAGGACGUGGUCAUACUGAAGAUAAAAAUAAGGAGUGUAAAAGAUUACAGAUGUAAAUACUUUAGAGACAGAGUGGUUUUCAGUGCCUGGGUGGGAGAGAAACUGUACUUGGCUGAUAUGGAGCUGCAGGCCAGCAUCAUUAAAGACGAUUGCAAAUGCAUAAUUAAAAACGAUGAACCGGUCAUCACUCUUGCAAAAGAGAAAAGGGAGCCUUGGUGCGGCUUGCUCAAACAGAGGAAUCCUAACGUGGCUUUUGAUUUUGACCACUGGGAAGACUGUGACGAGGAUAAAGAGGAGAGCCACUUUUGCACGGUUGUAAAUUCUAAAAACCCGUCUUGCCAAGUGGCAGAGGUGGUUGAGACCAGUGACAGAUCUUCGGAGGAAGAUGCCAGUGACAGUGAAUGAGAAUGGGAAUUGCAACGUGCACCGCGGCUGGAGGACUCUGAACAGGAGCGGACACGGCUCCGAGACUGAGGCCGAGGAGCUGGGCAGUCACGCGCAAACCUUUUGUCACCUCAGAAAGUAUGACUGAGUGUCGCCUUGUGGUGCUGGGAUUAGUAGGGGUGAGAAAUUCUUGAGUGUUUGAAAAGCAGGCUGAUGAUGAGACUGUGGAAGGAAGCGGGAGGCGGAGGUCCUGCUGUCCGUCCUGCCGGACGCCUCUCUCAUUCGAAGCCCACCUGGGCAUCCCGUGGAAUCUGGGUAAAGACUCGCACCGUUGGGUGUUAGGGGUUUUUUUUGUUGUUGUUGCUGUUCCUCUUCAUUGAGACCUGUGUUUGGCACCUUCUUAAACUCCGCUCUCGGGUGUAUGGAUGGAGGUUUGUGACAAUUCAUGCUCAGUGCAGCUUAACAGGCCUCUUCAAGCGGGAGGUGGCUGGAAUCGGGCAUAGCUGUCCUGCACCAGCCCUCCCAAUGUGCUCUGGAUGUUGACAGCCACCCAGGGCAAGGUUGCGUCUUGUCAGGAGAUGGUCCGAGGAUGGAGAGGGGGUUGCCUCGGCAGUGGCAGCCUGACCCAGGGCUUUCUGGAAGUAAAGCGAGUGCUUCUGCAGAUCCCUCUGCGCCUGCAGAAUCCUGGGCAAGCAGGGCACAGGUUCUUGCCCGUGGACACAGAAAAGGACGUGUGGGGUGCCUGGAGGUGACCCGCAGCACACCUGAACGUGGUGAGCCCUGAACACCUCAGGACCCCAUCCCGGGGGGAGGCUGCGGCGCCCAGGGUCACAAGGUCAUCAGGAAAGGUGUAUUGUCCUUUCCGCUUAAGUGUGGGAACACCCCGAGCCGGACUCUUCACAUUAACUGAGCAAGUUAGAAAGAGCAGCUGUUGGGAAGGUUACAGCCUGCAUGUGCUGCUUCAGUGCGCACCUGGAGGCUUUGCCUAGAGGUGGAAAAGAAUGCUGAUUGGGUCCGACUGUUGGGAUGGACCCCAAGAUCUUUGUUCUUCUUCUUUUUUUUUUUUUUUUUGUCUUUCUGCCUUUUCUAGGGCCUCUUCCCACAAGUCUUUGUUCUUCUUGUACAUCAGAAAGCACCUGCCCAAAUGCGUGUAUAUCCCGGGUCUAAGCUACCACCUUGAAUGGGCAGUAAACUCUUGUCAUGUCCCAUGAGCAGGUGUGGGUCACCCCUGGCUCUCAGUUUCCUCAUCUGUAAACAAAACAAAACAAAAAAAAACCUAAACCAAAAACAGCAGUUCUACUCCUCGUGGGGUCUGGCCUUGGGCGGCGAGGGGUGGGAGUGGUGCUGCUGGGCUGGAUGAGGCCACUGCCCUCUGGUGGGUGGACGUGGCGUCCAGCCUGGACAGCUGCCGGGAGUGCGUCCUUGCCGCUGCCGACUCCCGUGGGUUGCAGCCUCUGGCAGAUGGGCACUUGCAGCAUACGUACGGUGAAUGAUGUUCCUUUUUCCUGGCUAAAUUGGGCAAGCUCUUCGGGAAAUGUGAAGGUCCCGUGUCUUUGCCAGCAAAGGUUCUGAUUCUCUGAAGUUGUUGUAAUGUCAGGCAUGUCUGUAGAUAAAGCUUUGCUCCCACGGGGGAGGCCUCCAAGCUGCACUGCUCUCCCUGUACGCUGGCUCCUGUUGUCUCUUUCAUAAAAUGUAGCAAAUAACAGCAAACAGUAGAGUGCACAGGUGUGUUCCCCACGUAUGCAUGUGGGGGUCCUGCUGCACAGGUGUGUUCCCCACGUACGAGUGUGGGGGUCCUGCUCUCAAAGAGGACGCAGGGCCGAUUCCAUCGCACGGCUCGCCAAGAGCUAAAUGAAAGUGCUGGGCAGAGGAGGGCUGCAUGUUUAAAUCUCCAUUUCUUUUUUCAGAUGCUUAAAUUUACGACUGAAGUUCUAACAUUUGGUAAAACAUAGCACACUGACUUGUGAAAUGUAAACAAUUUCUAAUUUUUUUUGUUCUCUACUAUUAAUAUGCACUGAUUUCGUUUUGGGGGAAAAUUUCUGAAAUGCAAGGUAAAAGUACUUUCUGUGCUUCUAAAAUUGCUCAUCUCCUUAGUUGUGUGGAGGUCUGUUGCAGCAUAUCAAUAAAAGUUCAGUGUUUUCA